AUGCCAAGGUGGAAGAGGAAGAAGGGGGCAAGGCAAUGCUCCAAUGCAGAAGAAUCCGAGAAGUUGCACUUCACGGACAACCGUACAGCUUGGUGUGAGAACCCCUGCACUCGCGUGGUCGCACAUUUCAAGCAAGGCAAGGCUGAAAGUGCUAACCGAUUACUUCCACCUCUGCCUUCUGCGCCAACACACUUGCGGAUCGAGGAUGAGGUCAUCGAAGAGGAUCCUCAGAACCAACACGUUCGGCUGCAGUUGGACCUUCCACAAGAUGCAGAGAUCCUAUCAGUGCAGAUUCGGAUCAUCCACUUCACGUAUGAUGACGCAAAGCACAAGUGGAAGCAGCACCACCGCAUCUUCGAAACGCACGCGCCUGAUGCUUCUGUCACGGUGACACGGCUCACAGCCGGCACGUACUACUCGUUUCAAGCGGCAGUGGUGAAUGAAGUUGAUGAAGGUCCGUUCAGCCCAGUCUACCCCAAUCGGAGUGGCCAGCUGGUUGGCCCACGAACAGUUACUAUUGAGCCGAGAAAUGCAAUUACUAGGCCGUCUGCAGGCAGCAACCUGUGCUUGGCUGCAGCUGUGGCGCCGGUCAUGUCCAAUCGUGCGCCGAACUGGCUCGUCUGGGAAGUGAAGGUAAUCCUGAGCGCGCUGCCUCCCAGCCAGGAGAAGCCUUCCAAUGUGGAGUUCAUGCAGGGAGGUGAAGUCCUCUUCAGCUGCUCAGACUUCGAGAGGGACUCAUCCACCCCGCUGAUUGCUUAUUGCAAGCUCCCCUGCUACGAGCAGUCCAGUGACCGUGAUCUACAAGUUGUGGUUUGGGGAUCCAAUCGGAUUGUGCGCAUUGCUGAAGGCACCUUCAAGCACGUGGCCAGAUCGGAGACAAGUUGCUACGAGUUCGCGCCUGAAACGCCAGUCUACUGCAACGUCACGGAUGACAGGCGUAAGAGAUGCCUACCCAGCGCACUGGCAAAUGCUUCGGUUUGCGAAUUAUGCAAGGAUGCUAGCACACCAACGACUUACAGGAUCCACGAGCACCUCUGCACGGGAUUUCCGUGUCUUGCAGAUGAGCUAUGGUGCCCGAGCACCGCUUCUGGAUGCGUGUCCGGCACGUGUACAGAGAACUGUCAUGCCGACAGUGUGAUGCAUCAGCUCAGUGGCGGGCAGAUGUGCGCCCUGCCUUGUGAACUCACAGGCUUGCCCAUCGAGAUUACUGCUGACCCUGGCUUCCAAGUCAACCCGGGCAGCGUGGCAGUCCUGACUUGCAGCCUUGGCUACAUGCCAAUGUGGAGCGCAGAGGCCGGCGCAGCUGGCCCAGACCGAGCCGAAUACCUAUGCCCUGCUGACAACGUGCAAGCUGAGCACGUGCCAACCGACUACGACCUCUUGUGCAAGGCGCCAUGCGAAGGCCCUUCUUCAACGACUGCGAUGGCUGGUGUCGUCAGCCAUGAGAGGCUCCUCCAUGGUCAGCCCAUGGAAGCACCGUGCAAGUCGUCAGAGUAUGAGAGCGGCACAGUGCGCUUGCAAUGCCACGAGGGCACUCUUGUGGAGUUGAACUCCAGCACGUGCAAGAUGGCCUUCUCGCGGCGCAACGUUGACAAGAGGAUCUCAUUGUUGGACGCUGGAGCGUAUGGCAGCGGGACGUUCAGCGAUGUACAAACCCAGGCGACUGUCCAUUUUAUGGGCGUGAAUGGAGACCACAUGUACCUAGUAGCUCGUCGAUCCGCGACGCCAUACAUCGCGAAGCUGUACAAGAUGGAUCUGUCAAGCAUGGAACUGAACCUCAUGAUAGACUUCGCGGAGCGUGCCGACGUUCCGAUGCCAAACUUCGGAGCAGGGUUCGUCCAUGAGGACUACAUCUUCCUUGCGCAGAGCGAGGCAUGGAACCCAUCUAACGAGGAAGGCGUGAUCGCGAGGGUUAGCAUUGCGGACAAUUCCCUCAUCAAGCAUGGGUCAAGGGUUCUUCAGAACACCAGAGGCAUCCGUGUCGAGGAUGCUUUCACAAAUGGUGUCUACGGCUUUUUGCCGUGCUUCAAUUACUGUGCAGAUGGGAACAGUGGUGGCAGUUGCGGGUCGUCCUGCUCAAAGGUGUUCCGUUUCCAGCUGGACUUCCAAGGUGUUAUCAGCGAACUUGACUUAAAGCGCAACGACUUUGCGCAACCAAAUUUCGGGCUGUGCUCAGGGCAAGUCUGCUACGUGUCUGACGCUCAAGGCAACCACAGGCUGGCCGUGUUUGAUCCAACUACGUUAACACAUCUGGGCUAUGUGGAAUUGAGCUCGACUCGCCAGUUCCUGCGGGGCAGCUCGUUCGCAGCUGGCAACUACGUCUACGUCGCUGAUGGUGGCACGGUGAUGCGGGUCUUACAGCAUGAUGCACCCGUAACAUCGUCUCGCACGAUCCUCGAAUUGCAAGGCCGGGUCGACAAUAGUUUGGGCAGUGUGAGAUUUUCUGCUACAGACGGCGAGUACGGGUACGUCCGCAGCAGCUAUGCUCCGUUGAGACUGGUACGGUUCGAGCUGGCGGACUUCCACGAAGACAGUACCCAGUUUGUGACCAUCCCGCUUGAGCAAGACAUGUCGUCUUCAUCUGCGACUUGGAGCGCGGGCGAGUUUGUGUAUCCAUCUAAGUCUCAUGGGUACAUUUACUUCUCAGCUGGACCAUCUUGGAUUGGACGGAUCAAGCUUUAA